AUGGCUGCCAUGUGGACGUUGCUCUCAGUCUUUCUUUGUAUCUCAACAGUCCGGGGUGAGGAUGAGACGUGUGCCACUUGCGGCCAGUCUCCUCCUGCCCAGUCAGCAGCUCUGUUGCAAAGCUCAGUCCAGCGCAACUCCAAGACCGCAGUAGGACCACACGUCUUCAGCCCCGCACAGCUGUUUGGGCCAGGGCCAAUGGGUCGCCACGUGUCGCAGACGCAGAUGGGGCGCAUGGGGCCUCGGAUGGGCCCACAUCCCCAUCAGCGCAUGAGCCAGCCACACUUCAGUUUCGAACAGCGCCGUGCUGGUGGGCAGAGCAAGGGUGAAAGCCUCUACGGCGGUGCCGAGCUAACCCCGUGCCAAGAUCCACAUGCCUGGACUCCUGACAAUGACAUCUACGGCUGGUGCGACAUGUACACCGCACCAGUUCAGCCCGAUGAAGCAACUUGCAAUGCAGCUGGUGAAGGGUGUAGAUAUAAUUAUGGAUACUGCUAUUGCGAAAAGAGUGAGGGUUGCAACGCAGUUGGUGGCAUUUGGAAUCCAUGGACUUGCAGACAAGAGAUGGAGCAGAUGAUGCCGGAGUAUCUUGAGAAGAUCUUGGAAGCGAAGAAUGCCGGUACUUGCGAAAACAAAGAGGUUUGGGGCAUGAAAGUGGAGGACUUGGUGGCGUGGCCUGCAUCCAAGUGCUGCACUGACUAUCCUUCGACGCUGUGCGACCACAACGUGCAGCCCAUGAAUCCAUGCAAGGAGCAAACAGACUUUAAAGCGGAUGCCUACGCAUAUGCCUAUUGUGACCUAUGGUCUUCGCCCCCGUCCAAGGAGAUGUGUGAUGCAACCCCAGACUGCAAGGACGAGUGGGGCUAUUGCACCUGCAAAACCAAAGCAUCUUGCGAGCUUUUGGGAGGUUACUUCAUGGGCACUACUUGCCAGGAAGAACUGGGGUACUGGUAUCCUGGUGUUCACGAGGCUGUGAAAGAAGCACUUGACAAGCAGACCUGCCAAGGAGUGGAGGGACCCUGGGGCGACAUCAAGUACAGCGUGGACAUGAUGGGAUUUGCCUGCUGCGGCUCUCAAAAGUCUGUUUGUGAGGAGCUAGACAAUUAUGAUGCUGGAUAUUCCAGCAUGUACUAA